UCACGACGGGGGAGGUGCUGUACGUCCAAGAUGGCGGCGCCCUGUAGGCUGGAGGAACUGUGAGGUAAACAGCUGAGGGGGAGGAGACGGUGGUGACCAUGAAAGACACCAGGUUGACAGCACUGGAAACUGAAUUACCAAGCAUCCCCAGAACAGUCUGGUAGUGGCACCAAUGAAGAGCCUGCAGCGUCUUUAACGAGCGCCCUGACCCUGUGCAGCGCUUCCGUGUGAGACAAUGGCCCAGCAAGCGAAUGUUGGGGAGCUGCUGUCCAUGCUGGACUCCUCCGUGCUGAGUGUGCGUGAUGACGUCACGGCUGUCUUUAAAGAGAACCUCACUUCCGACCGUGGUCCAAUGCUUGUAAACACCUUGGUGGAUUAUUACCUGGAAACCAAUUCUCAACCGGUAUUGCAGAUCCUGACUACCUUGCAAGAGCCACACGAUAAGCACCUCUUGGACAAAAUGAAUGAGUACGUGGGCAAAGCCGCCUCUCGGUUAUCCACCCUCUCCCUGCUGGGACACGUCAUAAGGCUGCAGCCAUCUUGGAAGCAUAAGCUCUCUCAAGCACCUCUUUUGCCUUCUUUACUAAAAUGUCUCAAGAUGGACACUGAUGUCAUCGUCCUCACAACAGGCGUCCUAGUGCUGAUAACCAUGCUGCCGAUGAUCCCACAGGCAGGGAAGCAGCACCUGCACGACUUCUUCGACAUUUUUGGACGUCUUUCGUCGUGGUGCCUCAAAAAACCAGGCCAUGUCACAGAAAUCUACCUUGUCCAUCUCCACGCCAGCGUGUAUGCUCUCUUUCAUCGCCUCUAUGGAAUGUACCCUUGCAACUUUGUCUCCUUCCUACGGUCUCACUACAGCAUGAAGGAGAACUUGGAGACUUUUGAGGAAGUGGUCAAGCCAAUGAUGGAGCAUGUGCGAAUUCAUCCGGAAUUAGUGACUGGAUCCAAGGACCAUGAACUGGACCCUCGGAGGUGGAAGAAAUUAGAAACACAUGAUGUUGUGAUAGAGUGUGCCAAAAUCUCUCUGGACCCUGCAGAAGCCUCAUAUGAAGACGGCUAUUCUGUGUCUCACCAGAACUCAGCCCGCUUUCCUCAUCGGUUAGCCGAUGUCACCGCAAGCCCUUAUGUUGACACGCAGAAUAGCUAUGGGAGUGCUGCCUCCACCCCUUACUCCGCGUCCCGGCUGACGUCAUUCAGCACGCCAGGGCAGCUGCCUCCGACUCAGAGCACCCCGUCGACACGGCUGUUAACUGAACCGCCACAAGCUACCUUCUGGAGCCCAUCUGUGGUUUGUGGUAUGACCACCCCUCCAACCUCUCCUGGAAAUGUCCCGCCUGACUCGUCACACCCGUACAGUAAAGUCUUUGGUACAACUGGUGGGAAAGGAACUCCUCUGGGAACCCCGGCGACCUCCCCUCCUCCAGCCCCGCCCUGCCACUCGGAUGACUACGUGCACAUUUCACUCUCGCAGGCCACAGCCACACCCCACAAGAAGGAGGAGAGAACAGAGUCCGCAAGGCCAUGUCUGCAGAGACAACACCAUCUUCCGAAUGACCGGGGAGCAGAAGAACUGUCUGGCAGCAAAGGUUCUGUCACUCUAAGUGAUCUUCCGGGGUUUUUAGGUGACCUGGCCUCUGAGGAAGACAGUCUAGAAAAAGACAAGGAAGAAGCGGCAAUAUCUAAAGAACUUUCUGAGAUCACGACGACUGAUGCAGAGCCUCUGGUUCUUCGAGGAGGCUUUGACUCUCCCUUCUACCGAGAUAGCCUCCCGGGCUGUCCGAGGAAGACCCAUUCAGCCGCCUCCGGUGCCCAGGGCGCCAGCGUGAAUCCGGAACCUUUGAACUCCUCCCUGGACAAGCUUGGGCCUGACACACCAAAGCAAGCGUUUACUCCCAUUGACCUGCCCUGCGGGGGCUCUGAGGGCAGCCCUGCCGGGAACAGGGAGCCCCAGCCUUCUCUGCAGACCAGUAUCCUCACUCCCAGCCCUUGUAAAAUCCCACCUCAGAGGGGCGCCGGCUUUGGAAGUGGGCAGCCUGCCCCGUACGAUCAUCUUUUUGAGGUGGCAUUGCCAAAGACUGCCCAUCAUUUUGUCAGCAAGAAGACCGAGGAACUAUUAAGGAAAGCGAAAGGACACGCCGAGGAUGACUGCAGGCCCUCCACCUCCCCAGUGGAAGUACUGGACAGGCUGAUCCAACAGGGAGCAGACGCGCACAGCAGGGAGCUGAACAAGUUAUCUUUACCCAGCAAGUCUGUGGACUGGACCCACUUUGGAGGCUGUCCUCCCUCAGAUGAGAUCCGCACCCUCCGUAACCAGCUGCUCUUACUGCACAACCAGUUGCUCUAUGAGCGUUUUAAGAGGCAGCAGCACGCUGUCCGGAACAGGCGGCUGCUCCGGAAGGUGAUCCGAGCUGCGGCCCUGGAGGAGCACAACGCUGCCAUGAAAGACCAGUUGAAGUUACAAGAGAAAGACAUCCAGAUAUGGAAGGUCAGUCUGCAGAGAGAACAAGCCAGAUACAGUCAGCUGCAGGAGCAGCGGGACACGGUGGUCACCCAGCUCCACAGCCAAGUCCGACAGCUGCAGCACGACCGCGAGGAGUUCUACAACCAGAGCCAGGAGCUCCAGACGAAGCUGGAGGACUGCAGGAACAUGGUGGCCGAGCUGCGCCUGCAGCUCAAGAAGGCGAACAGCAAGGUGUGUCACACGGAGCUGCUGCUCAGCCAGGUCUCUCAGAAGCUCUCAAACAGCGAGUCGGUCCAGCAGCACAUGGAGUUCCUGAACAGGCAGCUGCUGGUGCUCGGGGAAGUCAAUGAACUGUACUUGGAGCAGCUGCAGAACAAGCACUCAGAUACCACGAAGGAAGUGGAAAUGAUGAAAGCUGCGUAUCGGAAAGAACUAGAAAAAAACAGAAGCCAUGUUCUCCAGCAGAAUCAGAGGCUCGACACCUCCCAGAAAAGGAUUUUGGAACUGGAAUCUCACCUGGCCAAGAAAGAUCACCUUCUUUUGGAACAGAAGAAGUAUUUAGAGGAUGUCAAGCUCCAGGCAAGAGGACAGCUGCAGGCCGCAGAAAGCAGGUAUGAGGCGCAGAAGAGGAUUACCCAAGUAUUCGAAUUGGAGAUCUUAGAUUUAUAUAGCAGGUUGGAGAAAGAUGGCCUCCUGAAAAAACUUGAAGAAGAAAAAACAGAAGCAGCUGAGGCAGUAGAAGAAAGGUUCGACUGUUGUAACGAUGGCUGCUUGGAUUCUGUAACGGGGCACAGUGAAGAGGCAUCUGGCCGCAACGGGGAGACCAACCCCCCCCGCCCUGGCAGCACCCGGGGCAGCGGUGGGGGGAGAGGAGGCGGAGGUGGCAGCAGCAGCAGCAGUGAGCUUUCUACCCCCGAGAAGCCCUCCAGCCAGCGGGCCGGCCCGUUCAGCAGCCGCUGGGAGUUUGCGGUGGGCGAGCCCUCUUCCAGCACCCCUACGACUGUCGGCUCACUGCCCAGUUCCAAAAGCUUCCUGGGCAUGAAGGCUCGAGAGUUAUUUCGUAAUAAGAGCGAGAGCCAGUGUGACGAGGAUGGCGUGACCGUCAGUAGCCUUCCCGAGGCCCUAAAGACAGAACUGGGCAAAGAUGCGGGCGUGGAAGCCAAGCCUCCCUUGCCCGCGGACGGCCCGCACCCGUCCCCCCCGCCCCCGGACAGUGUUGGACAGCUCCGUAUCAUGGACUACAACGAGACCCAUCACGAACACAGCUAAGGCUGCUGGCCCAUCAGUGUUAACUUGCGUACUGCUGACGUGGACAGGAGGUGUGGACGCACGUUUCAGAGCUGUCCUGUUUCCAGAGUUUGAGUGGCUAGCUCACACAGUGGAAAUGGGAUGGAGGUCCUUUUGACAAUUGACGGGAUGCGCAACGGUUUUCGGAUCUGGCGUUGAAAUGCCUCUUCACCCUCCCCUCAGCCCCGCCCCGAACCUCUCUCUCAUUUGCCUAGCAGUGUGGACUAAUCCCAGGGCCAGUUUGCAUUCCUCAGUAGCUUUGUUUUCUUCCUUUCCCGCCCCCACAAAGGGUCGUGUCCUUUGAACCAGUGCAAUAUGAGGCCAAAUUUAAUCUCUGAGUCUAACACACCGCUCUCUCUGAGGCUCAGAUAACUGGGUGGGCUCCCCGUGAGCCCAGGUGACGGGGGCACUGCAGGUAAGUCUGCUUUCCUCCCUUCCCGGGAGGACGGAGCAUGCACAGCCGCCCGCCUUCACAUGGAAGCUUUUCUGUGAGACUUCUGCGCUGCUUUUGGCUCUGAAGCUCAGCCUGUAAAGCAGCAGGUCUAGAAAACCAGUGGCUCGACCACCUCUUUUGGCAGUUCUCAUAAGCUUCCUAGAAAGUUCUGUGUGAACAGACGUCCGUUGGGAGAGCCUGGAGCUGGCACUGUGGAGGCCCCCCCCCCGCCCCCGCCGGGAACGCUUGUCCCACUCCCACUACCUCUUAUUUAUUUGGUGUUUGCUCGAACGCUGGUACUGUUCCGACCGCAAGCAGGUGUGUGGGUGGGAAGCCUGCUCCCUGCAGGACGGAAGGAAGGGAGGAGCCGGGAGCCAAGGGGCCCCUGGGGGUGAAGACCGUCCCCCCAGGCCGGGCCGGCCGAGCCCAUGCUCUGUGCCUCCCUUCGUGUUCCCACGCGCCUCUCGUUGAUGUCAGCUUCUUUGUGACACUGCAGCAGGAUGGCUCGGAAGGUCCAAAGAGUCUUUUCUCAAUUUCUAUGACCGUUGUUCUCAGGCUGUUAGAGGCGCCUCACUAUAGUAGGUUCUAGGCCACCAAAAAGGUCUCAGCUUUUUCACCCCAAUUCUGAUUUCAGGGGCCGACUCUCCAGGGAGCUCGAUGCUGCUACUCUCCCACGGUAGUGGUGGCAGAGCAUUUUAAGGCAGAGUCAUGGAGAGUGUUGCUGACAGGCUGACUGUCGGGGACCCGCUGGGCUGCCCGCGCAUGCUCAGAGGUGACACCAGUCAGAACGUGGAGGUGACAGAGAAUCGGAACUCGGCACAUGCUCCUGAAAUAAAUGCUAGAAGCCUAAGAAUUCUUGCCUAGUGUUCCAGCUGAGGCAAGGAGAGACUGGUAGGAAAGAGCCAAUGAACUUGGCUGUUCUCUUUCUCUUCUUUCAGUUAAAAGUAUAGAAGGGUUCAGCCAUGAAGAGGGAAAAGAAACUGUAAUGGUACGAAAUCUUCCUGCAUAUGGAAGCUUCCAGCAUGUCAGGGUCGAAGUCUCUUUUUUAAAGUGUGGCAGUAAGUAGUCUGGCAUCCGUAACCCCAAGGAGCCAGAUAACGAGAGACAGCAUCACCGUGGCCGUGGGACGGAGGACCGCCUUGGGACAGGAUAGCAGGCCUCACUGACCGAUUCCAGCCGGAGGGGUGUGUGUCCACCUGCUCGCGGCCCCGCACGGCCCUGGCAGGGAGGGUAUUAAUAACGCCACACGUUUAAUUUAGCUUUGGCCAAAGGAAAGCUUAAAGUCUAAUUCGUUCCAGUUUCCUAGUUCAGGUUUAGAAAAAGAAAACAGACAAAUUCAGAAAGGAAAAAAAAAAUGUUACAGGAUGGCUAUUGAAAGCGGUUCUAAAAGCUGACCCCUCCCCACGCCCAGGAGGUCUGCCACAGAACAAGAUACCAGGCGCUUUAAUCGGAGCCUUUCCCCUGACUAAUCGACAAGGGCAAGGAGGCCAAUGGAAAGAAAGAAAACCUUUUUAAAAACUAGCAGCUUGUACAAGUGUUGGGAAGAAGUGGGCAGCGGGGUAAGUGGACUGCGGCCCAGCUGAGCUCGCGGCCCCACAGCAGGGCUUGGGGCCUGCAGCCCUUGGCACAUCCCUCUGGCCGGGGGUGUCCGUUUGCUCAGCUUUGCAACUACAGCUGGCCCAGAGGCGCUGCACCCAGGUUCCUUUGGGUUCUAGGAGGCCAUGGGUUUUAUUCAGCCAAGGCUGGGUGGUCAUGUUGAAGUUACCCAGCCUGAAAGUGUAGGCUUUUCUGUUGCAAGGGACUCGGGUCAAUAGUCAGGUUUUGUUUUGUUUUGAAAUUGAUAAACCUGCCAAGAGUCCACGGGUCAUCUGAUCAUGCUGCAGGGAGCAUUUUUAAGGAUGGAGAGGUGACAGUAGAGGAAGUCCUGAGAAUCCCGGCCUGGGAACGGGCAGGCCACAGGCAUCAGACAGCCGGGGUCCCGGGUGGAGCCUGUCUGUGGUGACUGAGCGGUGUGGCGCUGACGUGUUAGGGCUAGGGGCCUCCAUCAGAGUCACCUGCUUGCCUCAGCAGUGGAGGCAAUGUCCUGAUCCCCACCUGACACUAACAGGGCGGCAUAGACCCUGAGAAGACGGGAGUCUGCUUGAGCAGCAUGGAAUUUGUUUCUAAAAGGAGCACUACAGUAUCAUGGG